AUGUGCCAGAAAUAAUACUUAGAAAAUGCUAUUUUACAAGCUAUAUCUGUAUUGAAUUACUCUAAUACCUACGUACCCUGUAUGGACUGGCACAUUGUGGGCACGCAUUAUGUUCAGUCAAGUUUUGACAACUGUUUUUACUUUGAAGCCUAGGUUAGACGUAUUUUACUCUCUGUUACUGUGCUGUCUGUUACUGUAUUAGGUGGUUUCGGACUCUUUGCGUGUCUGGCAGUUUGAGACAUACAGAUACAGGAUACGUGUAAGUUAUGAAAUAUUUAAAAUUUGGACGUUUGGAAAAGUCUGAAAGUUGUACGGAAAAGUUUGACGGAAAAGCCUCGAACAGUGAACCACAGUGUUACGUUUGUUAAGAUGUAAUAUCGGGUUAUUUCCUGGUUAUUUUUCUGGUUAUUCAGCAGCAGCAGGAUUGCGUUUUUCGGAUUUACUGCUUGUGUAAUAGUAAAUAUGAGAUUGCUUUAAACAAUGCUGCAUUUAACUCCAGUUUUCGACAUUCAAAGAGACGUUUUUCCCAGUCUUUUAGCGAAAGAAAAGACUGUAACGAGAAGCAAAGACUGCGCUCUGGUUGCUGAUACUCGCAUCCUAAAUGUUGAGAGGGAUGAAGGUGUUAUAUACUCCUGGAAAGGAGCCACGGGGACCACCAGAAUUGGCAAAUAUGACCCUAACACCAAACAAAAUAAGCUACUGUACACAUUUGACAAGCAGGUGUGCAUUAGCAGCUGCUCCCUGAACAAAGAAGAAACUCUGUUGGCUGUCAGUCUGUCACAGUCCACUCAAGAAGGAGAGGAACGUUUUAAACCAGCGUCAAAAUGCUUGACACUUGUCAUAGAAAUACAUCCAAUUAAUAACACUAAAGUUCUUAAAGCAGUGGACUUCAGGGUGAAAGUUCAGUUUUUGUAUCCUGAUGUGUCGCGCUGCACUGUGCUGGAAAGCCAUUUACUGGUAGCAGCAGAGGAUGGCUAUGUUGAUCAGUACCACAUACUACUUGGGAAGCAAGAAGGCUAUAAAGUUAUAAUGCAGAAUCCAGAGCGGUUGGUGAGGGACAGAGUGGCAGAAGAGUUUUGCUGGGUUCAGUGGGACUCGGACCACCAGAGACUUUUUUACCUUACAAGCCGGGAGAAAUACAUGCUUAAGUGUGCACAAUUUUUCCCUGAUCGGAAUUUUGAAACCCUGUUUGAACUUCUCCUUGAACUCCCCAGUAAUGCUUUGACCUCUGUGAGGUUUGUUAACUUUGGACAUGAUCACUACCAAGAGCAGAAAAACAUGGGACUGAAACUGGAGGUAUUUACAGACAAAACAGGGAUCAUGUGUGUGUGCUACAGCCAUUCUUUGCUCAGCACUAAGGAUCUUACAUACACCAUUGCAUUUGUACACAAAGGCUUCAGCAAGACAUUUACUGUAGCUCUUGAGCAAACAGCAGUGUUGGCCAGAAUGCCAAACCUCCAGCCACUUUUUAUCCAUUUGGGUUAUUACACUGUAGUAUAUCUAGCUGGCCACUUCUUCCAUUUGAUCAACUGCAGGCAGCAGGACCUGCUGUGUCACAGUCUAUUUCUGUCAGGUAAUGAUGCCCAUGUAAAUGCACUAGGAGAAAAGAGUGUGUUCGUGAGUGUUUCUGGUCGCAGGCACCUGGACCCACUUACAGGCAGGAUAUAUAACUGCAAGCUCAGCCAUGACUUUAUGAUCCAGCUGCUCAGCUCCGGUAAGCCUGAGGCACAGCGCCUUGCUGCACUGCAUUGUGUAUUGGUUUACCUGGAACCUGACCAAGACCUAGAAAAGAAGGUGAUUGACUGGCUGAGUGAGAAUGUGAUGAGCUUUGAUGCUUUUGAUCAGAUUCAGGAGUUUAUUCUGGCUUCUUUGUACAGAAUCUGCUACCAACAAUCUCUCAGCCUCGAUAUAGUCCUGCCAUACUCCUCUGUGUUUGAGAAGAAGAUGCUUCCUGUAGCAUUGACUGCUAUCCCUGGUGUAAAGUGCACACCUGAGCUGCUAGCUCAGCCAGUAAUCAAAGGAAAGGCCAGAAACCUGCAGGGCUACUGGCAAGAGCUGCAGUGGGUUAUAGAAAGGACAAAAUAUUUUGAGGCUGUGUCCAACCCUCGAUUCCGUUGCUCCCAGAUUAAGAGUGAUUGGACUAAGCUUCAAGAAGCCAUGAACUCAGACAAAAAGAAAUCAUCAAACUACCUGCGUCAUCUUGAGGAAAACACCAAAAAAGUUUUGACUAUAGUGGACACAUGGUGUUUGGAUAAGCGAGUGGUUCCUUUAUUUCAGGAGGAGGACCUGCAGCAGAAGGCACUAUUAGGCCUGAUUGUGGAUAAGCUGCGGGAGCACUUGAAUCGACACCUACCAAAGCUGGGAAAGAAGAAGAUUGAUAUGCUGGUGGUGAACUACGUGGCUAAGCAGCUGGAGCUGGUGAGAUGCAUGUUGGAAUCCAUGUGGCUGAAGCUGAAGUUGAGCCCGACUGUUCUCUGUCUGAAACAGCGAGGCAGCUCAGAAGACUGGACAAUGUUUCAUUUUAUGUGUCGAAUUUUGGAAGCGACUAAAGGCCUCUGUCUGCCCCUCCCACCUGGUUAUUCUACACUUCUGACUGUGCUGGGCAUGCGCUGUCUACCUUAUCAGAUUUUCCUGCAGUAUGUGGACCAUGGUUUUCUACAACUCACUGAGACUUUUGUGUCACGCCUGUUGACAGAUUUGGAUAACAGUGAUAAGAAUGAGGAACUGAAGUUUGGUGUUUUGAAAAGACUCCCUGAGCACCUGAACCAGAAAGUAUGUCAGCUUUGGGACCAUCCAGUCAGCUCAGCCUAUAUCUCAAGAGAGUACGUCAGCACACUACUGGAGAAAUACAACAAGACAAAGGUGUUGCUGCAGCUGGAUGGAGGAAAGAUGUUUUUCCAACCUAACUUCCUUCCACUAACUUAUCUCACCAGUAUUCUCACUGACAUGGAAGAGCAAGCUUUAAACCCCUUUGAGGAGCAGGAGAAUGUUGAUGCCAGCUUUGUGGAGGAAACUGCCCUGAAGCAGACUCUGAGCAAGCUGGGAUUUGAGGUCAAGUGACAAUAGCUUAACCACAGAGAGAAGAAUGUUUGAGAUGGCCAAACAUGGUAAAACUGUGACACUGGGAGAAACUAAAACUCAGAGCUGUUUCGCAUGCUGUGAAAAGCACAUAUGCAAGCACUCAUCAUGCUGCCUGUCUGCUGUAUGAAUCUGACAUGUUUUACUGGAAGGAAGCAAAUUUCACCUGGUGCACAAAUGUACACACAGCACUGCCCACUGGAUUUGAUUAGCAAAGGUAUGCAGGUAAAAUGAUGCAAUGGACGUUUUAGUCUUUUUUUUAAAGCAGUAUAGAAAUGGCCUUGCUGUAAAUGCUAAGAUAUAAUAUGAAUAUUUAUACGUAUAAAUAUUUGUACAUUCAGCUUGGUCAAAGGGAUUUUUAUGUACAGUGUUUACACUGCCUUGGUAAACAUAACUAUUACAGAC